AAUUACAGAUAAUACUGCUGAAAUCAGAAAGUCACGUCAACAGCAAUAGCGCGUUACUUCACGAUCCUAAUGCGCCUAACAUUCACAUUACUCUUUCUCGUCGUUGCUUUCGAUGUACAAUUCGUUCACACACUCAAUUGGCGAUUCAACGAAGGGUUAGAUGAGUCAAUGGCAAUGUUACGUAAUUUACGAGCCAAGGAAAUUUCACCACCCAGUUAUAUGAAACGCUUCGAACGUGAACCUACCGAACAAUUGCUGCAACAUAUUUGGCUAAAUAUUUUACAUCCGAGAAUAUUGAGACAUCACGACCUGUCGCAACCAUUAUUUUACUUGCCUUUGUGGAAAGAGGGUUAAAAUCGUUCUCCAUCACAUAAGAAUGGCUCCAACCCAGAACUGUAUGAUCCUCCAGAUUCCCUGAACCACGCAGGUGCUACAUUUUUUUCUGGAGCCAUUGUCACAAUUUGUUAUGAAUUAAUGUGUUAAAAAUAUAACAAAGCUGGUGAAAUAUGAACACAGAUGAUACUGAUUUGUGCAGAAGUUAUGAUAAAAC